AUGGAGAUCGAGCUCGCUUAUGGUGAAUCUCGCGGAUACUGGAAACAUUAUUCACCCGGGAAGUGGUUCAAACAAGCGAAAGCCGUUGGCAAGAUCAACAACGUAAAAGCUACUCUGUUAUUUGAUUCUGGUGCUGAAGUGUCGAUCAUUGACACCACCUUUGCUCGUGAGGUCGGUUGCAAUAUUGACGAAAGUCAACGACAAGAAUGUAUCGGGAUUGGAGAAACUCCGUACAUGACGGUAGGACGUACCAAGAUCAAGGUGACCCUCGCGGGAUCGCUGGUAUACUAUUUCAAUGUAUGGGUAGGCGAUCUGGCAGGGCAAGAAGCGAUUCUGGGUAUGGAUUUUAUGGUGCCUGCUGGAGUGCGGCUCGAUCUAGCGGAUGGCGCGCUAUGUCUACCAGAAGAAAUCCGCAUUCAUCUCGCAGGACGUCGCCCCGCGUACGGAUCGAAGAUACAACAUAUAACGGCGAAGGACCAACACGUGGUGAUCCCGGUCGGAGAGUCAAGGGAAGUGAAGAUCGGGAUCGGAGGGGCUAAGAUGAAGUUGUGGGUCGCUAGAGGACUAGAUUGGGUCCCCACUGUGAUCUCGGGGUGGGGUAAGACGAAAUACCUGCAGAUGACCAACAUUGGCGACCGUGAGAUCAUACUGCCCACCCACACUAUAUUAGGCAUGUGGGUCGAAGGCGAUAUGGUACCGCGAACUCAAGGUUUGGUGACAGUCGGGUCAGGGAAGUACAAGGAAUGGCAAACUCUGGCAUAUGAGGCUACGACGGAUCGAGUGAACGAACUCCCGAAAGAACAGAUCGGACCAUUGGUAGACCGUCCUACGUAUGCCGCUCCCAAACGCAUCUUGAAACGUCCGUCUGAUGCGUUACAGAACCUGUCUCCGGCGAUCUCCACGGUAACGCCGCAAGCUAACGAUGACGAUUCGCAAAAGGCAGAUGCUGUAGUUGCGAGGGAAGUAACGGUCAGGGGAGCCGAACUAUCGCGGAUGGAGAACGGUCAUGAGAUCGGUACCCAACAUGCAACGAAGGGAGACCGCGACACCGGUCAAGAAGGGCUACGUGACAGAUCGUCUCUACCGAAGGCUGAGCCGACUGACCGACUGUUGAAAUUGGGCCAGCCGGAAGAGACGAAGGAGCCUAGAGAAAAAAUAAUGCUAAAUACUGAAGACGUCGAGAUUGCAGAAAACCAGUUUAUCACCACGAGAGCGGAGAUUUGUUUGCGGAAGAUAUCGAGCAGCAUAUGGCCGUGCUACCAGAGAUGUCGGCGACUACGGAAGAAGUUACGAUUGAGGACAUUCAGAUCGGUGAUCCCGAUGUGCCUCUCACCACAGAUCAACAACGGCUCAGAUCGCUGA